UGCAAGGAUUCUAUUUUCUGUGUAUUUAUACUGUUUUUUCAUAUGGACAUUAACCACCUAAGAGUGCAAAGCAAACAAGAGCAGAGUUAGAAGCUACUUCGAAUCAGGUAAAAUAUAAUUUGACAUGGGAAAUAAUCCCAACGGUCCUAGUCUCUUCAACGAUUACACAGAUUAUGACAUAUACAGAGAACAAACGUGAUUGCAGUGAUAGUGAUGAUGAAGUUCCCAGUGAUAGUGAUGAUGAAGUUCCCAAAGUGACCAAGAUGUUAUACACCGUAGAUAGGUCAUCAACAUGUGAACUCAAAUUUGAGAGAAGUCAUAAAGAGGCAUCAUUAUCUCUCCAUGAUGCAGACAAUGGUUCCAAUAUCACUAGUGUUGAUUUGGAAAUUAUAAUAAGAAAAACUGAUAAGGGGUAUCUUGAGAUACCUGUUCCUGAAAUGGCCGCUUGCGGAGAGGUAUGCAUUUUAACUCGAGGUGUUAAUUCUAACAGCACCAUCAAUGCAUGUGGAGAAGUAAAAGAAUAUACAAACAUUCUCUAUGGUAAAGGAAGGAGGGGAAGUCUUGUUGUUAUAGAGUCUAAGAAAAAGAGUAUAAGUGAUCCAAAUCCCUAUAUGGUCACUGUGUUUCACUAUUUAGCUGUUGAUGACGGAAAUGUUUUCAAUCCAAAAUUGGAUAUUGGCUUUUCUGUGGUGGUAAAGAUUCAAGCAUCAGAUGACUUGGGAUUGAAAUAUAUUGUAGAGGGCCCACAGAGACACCCUAGUUCAUCAUUAUUUUACAUGUUUGAACGAUUAAAAAGACUUAAUGGAGCAUGGAAGCCUAAUUUGUGUCCUCAUUGUGCAAAUCUUCAGAUGCGGCAUAAAUCCUGGCAGACGUCUGAAAGUGAAGACAGCGAUUAUGUUCCACAACGACAUGGUAAUGGUAAGCAGAAGUCAGAAAGUAUGGUUGCCAAUGAUUCUAACGUUAAGGGAAAUUAUAAUGGUAGUUUGUUUGGGAAGUAUUUCCAUUUUCAUAAAAGGUGAAAUAUGUCAUGGAGUCCUUUAAUAUGAAAAGAAAGAAAAUAAUAUUAGUAGUAAAAUAAAGUGGUUAAGGCAAGUUUAGCCACGGAUUAAGAUGGGUACCAUACCUAACUCAUGUGUAGUCAAUAAUAAUAAGUCAUAUUUGUAACUAAGUGAGUUGUUAAUUAGAGAGCAUUUUAAAAUAUUGGUAUGUAAAUUUGUGUGUUGCACACACCCUGUUGAAUGUAAAUUUAUAACUGCCAAAAAUUUUGCUGGAUCGAACCAAAGAGAUAGGUUGGAAGUCCCUCAAGUGAGUAAGGGACUCAAACUUGGGAAUAAGUAUAAUGAGAAACUAAGAGGGAGAUAAGCCAUGCAAUGGGCCCAACGUUAGACAUAGUAUUGUGUAUUAAUUCAAGUUUAGUUAGUUAGUUACUCCAUGUGUAUGUGUAUAUGUACUAACUACUUCUGUAGUUUUGUAGUAAUUUAUUCCCUAAUAUAAUUUUCUCUCAUUCAAUAUUCA